AUGGCUGACCAUAUUUCCAGUAGUGAGGACGAAGCGGAGAGAACUGUAUCGCACACUUUCGAUUUCACAAAGAAGACCUGGAAAGACGACGUCGCUUUUCUAGUUGAAGGCAGAAAACUGUUUGCUUCUAAAAGCAUUUUGGCGCUAGUUUCGCCUGUGUUUGAAAGUAUGUUCGGGUCGCAAUUUGCGGAAAAAUUUCAACAUGAGGUUCCAUUGCCUGGCAAAAAAUUCGACGAAUUUCACGAGUUUUUGCAAUGUAUUUAUCCAACGUCACAAAGACUUGUUAGCGAGUUAAAUGUCAACUGGUUGUUACCACUUGCAGAUGAAUACCAAGUGAAAUCCCUUUCAGAUCAACGUUGUAAACAUUAA